UUCCCUCUUCGCCUCUCUCACUCUGACAGCGCCGAGGUACGCCGAGCAGGAGCGGGGAACAAAGGAGAGGAGUGGGGAGGGGAGCGAGUUGGGCGAGGGAGAGUCCCCAGCCGGCUGCCAGAAGAUCCCGGUCGGAGGAAGCCCAAGUGUCACUCGAAUUCCACCCUAGGAGCGGGCGCCUGGGACCCGAGCGCCUUGAUUAGCAAUAACGGCUGGAGCGCGUCCUACAAGUUUCGGGAGAGUCGGCCGGGAAGGAGGACAAUCGCGUGCCCCCUUCGCCCUCGCUCCUGGCCCCUCGAGACCCCAGCAUCGCCUCGCGCUGGAAGGGGAGCUCCAGAAUGAAAAGCAAGAAAGGUGUUGUUGUGGCAUCGGGCAGUGAGACGGAGGAUGAUGACAACAUGGACAUCCCCCUGGACCUCUCGUCCUCUGCUAGUGCAGGCAAGAGAAGGCGGAGGGGCAACCUGCCCAAGGAAUCUGUUCAGAUUCUCCGCGACUGGCUGUAUGAGCACCGAUACAAUGCCUACCCCUCAGAGCAAGAAAAAGCAUUACUGUCCCAACAAACACACCUGUCUACACUACAGGUCUGUAACUGGUUCAUCAACGCCCGCCGCAGGCUCCUCCCAGACAUGCUGAGAAAAGAUGGCAAAGAUCCAAAUCAGUUCACAAUUUCCCGCCGUGGGGCCAAGAUUUCUGAAGCGAGCUCUGUGGAGUCAGCCAUGGGCAUCAAAAACUUCAUACCGGCUUUGGAGGAGAGCCCGUUUCAUUCCUGUACAGCUGGACCAAACCCAGCCCUCGGGAGGCCCCUGUCCCCCAAGCCGUCGUCCCCGGGAUCAAUACUGGCUCGUCCGUCAGUGAUUUGUCAUACCACUGUGACUGCAUUGAAAGACGUGCCUUUCUCUCUGUGCCAGCCGGUUGGUGUGGGACAAAACACAGACAUACAGCAGAUAGCAGCCGGCAGCUUUACAGACACCUCCCUCCUGUACCCCGAGGACACGUGUAAAUCCGGACCAAGUUCAAAUCCACAGAGUGGUCUUUUCAACACUCCUCCCCCUACUCCGCCGGACCUCAACCAGGAUUUCAGUGGAUUUCAACUUCUAGUGGAUGUUGCACUCAAACGGGCGGCGGAGAUGGAGCUUCAGGCUAAACUUACAGCUUAACCCAUGGUCAAGAGCAAAAGUUUCCACAGGUGGUGUUAGGAUUGCCGGGGUGAUGGCAAGAGACGGACCGCAUUAUUUUAUAUAUUUUUUUAUUAAUAUUUGCACAUGGGAUUGCUAAAGUGAAGCUUCCUGUUACUGAGAUGUCUUCAAUGGAAUACAGUCAUUCCAAGAACUAGAAACUCAAAAGCUACUGUAGAAACAAAGGGUUUUCUUUUUUAAAUGUUUCUUGGUAGAUUAUUCAUAAUGUGAGAUGGUUCCCAAGAUCAUGUGAUUUUUUUUCCUCUCUCUCUCUCUCUCUCCCCUUCCCUUUUUUUGUUGUUUUUCCCCCCCAGACUGUGCAAUACUUAGAGAACCUAUAGCAUCUUCUCAUUCCCAUGUGGAACAGGAUGCCCACAUACUGUCUAAUUAAUAAAUUUUCAAUUUUUUUUCCAAACAAGUAUGAAUCUAGUUGAUUGAUGCCUUUUUUUUUCCAUGAUGUAAUAAAGUAUUUUCUUUAAAA